CGAUCGCGGGAGCCCCGGACUUUCCACUGUCGCCGGAACGCGCAGAAGACAGUGGUCCCAAAUCUGACGACUUUGCUGGCCGGCCGAUGCUGGCGCGCUCAUUUGGUGGCGCCCCUCUGGAGUGAGGUUUCACUUGUCCAUGCUGACCUGCGCCCACGCGCAACAGUACUGUUAUUCGAUUAGAUAUCCCAGAAAAGGGACAUUAUGCCUCACGCAGUCGACGAACAAGCGGCGCAGGAUGACGAGCUCAUCGGCCAGCUGCUGGCCGCUGGCGAGACCGGCGACAACCCGCUCGAAGGCCUGCUCAAUGUGUCCUUUGACCAAGAAGCCAAGGCGGAUGAUGCGAUAGAUUAUGAAGAUAUUAGCGACGAUGACCUGGCCGAGGAGGAGCAGCAGGCGGAAACGGGUCACGGUUUAAAUGGAGACGCCGUUGGCGACGAUGAGGCUGAUGGUGAAUUCGAGGGCUUGUUCUCAGAAGCUUUUGCGGAGACUCAGGCUGCCGAGGAGCCAGCAGAAGGCGAACCAGGAGACCAAGCGGACCCGAAUUUUGAUGAUCUAUUCGGCGAAGCUCCGUCGUCGCCAACCGAAGAGCAAUCUCAGGACAUCAACGGUGCACGCGCUCCGGAACAUAUUGCUGGUCUUCCAGCCAUGAACGGUAUUGACCGCCUUGAUCAUGCACCGAAAUUUAAAGAAGAGCCUGUUUCUCCAGAGAUGCAGAGGAGUCCUGAGAGUCCGCGAAGAACCACGGAGAAAGAGGUUACUUAUGGAGGCACAGAGGAAGGACAGGAGGAUGAAGAGAUGGACGAGGAAACAAGGAUGCAAAUGGAACUCUUUGCUCAAUCCCGGAAAGUCCAAGAAGCGCGCAAGGGUGGAGUAGUCAGUGACAUACCGCCUGCGCUGCAGACAGAUGACGAUGUCUUCCAAGCUGUCUGGCCUCGCUUUGAGUCUGCUGAAAACCCGCGUUUCUUCGAAUUGCUACCGAUCAGGCGUGCGUACUAUAUCGCAAAGACCCCCUUGAAACCGCCGAAGCCCGUUCAGCCGACCAAGGUCAACCUGGACUUACAGCAGGAUCAAGAGAAAGCUUUCAGGCUACCUACAGCGGCGGUUCCGGCACGCAAAGGUCGCCAGGCCGAAACCGAUCAGAGAGGAGUCGUUCCGGUCACGGAAGGAGAUGCAGGGGAAGAGAGCAGUGAUGAUGAGGUAAUGCUGGACCAGUUUCACGAGGAUGAGACCAUUGGCGGAGUUACCUGGCAGGAUUUGCAGAUACUCUGUGACAAUUGGGACAUCCCUACUCCAGAGAGCAUGUCUGGCGUGGAGGACAUGCAAAUCACCGGGACGGGUGAUGAAACCUCGUUCCUCGACGACUGGGACCUCGAAAGCAAAGCGCGUCCAACAAAGAAGAGGAGAAUAUCCGGACCUGGUCAUAGCUUCCCUGUUUUCCAGGACACUUUUCCACUCUUGGAGGAUCCGGAGGAUGCGACUGCCAAGAUCGCCAGGAAAAUCGCUCUCAAUCUCAACGACCCACAGCUCCUUAUCGACAUCCAGCAACCAGACACCGUGCAAAAGAAGCCUCGAGCCCAGGAUUUCCGCCGCGAUGUCAGCGGCAGCCUUACCAAGUCUCUUUUCAACAAAUACAACAUCUCCAAUGACCAGGAUUACGAUUUGCUGAAACAGAACCAUCGCGACAAAGUUCGAAACAUCACGAACAACAAUACCCUCGAGCACAGCUUGCCCGCUGUCAAGCUUCAAUACCCCUUCUACAAAGUACAGCUCACAUCCAGGGAGGCCCGCUCUUUCCACAGGCCCAUGUUCACGUUCGUGCCCAAUCAACGGAUUACAUUCAACAAGCCCAACUACGUUAAAAAGAAGAAGCAGUACAAAGGACAGGAUCCCAAGACGGUGUACACCAGGGCAGAGCAUCUCUCCUUGGCAGACAACUCGAACAUGGUGUUGUUAGAAUAUUCCGAGGAGUAUCCUACGAUGAUGUCUAACUUUGGUAUGUGCAACCGACUGGUCAACUACUACCGCCGAAAGGAGAACGAUGAUCCUUCCAACAAACCGAAACUUGAGAUUGGAGAGAAUCAGAUGUUAUAUCCUGAAGAUCAGAGUCCCUUUGCCAUCUUCGGUGAUGUUGAGCCAGGACAAACGGUGCCUACCGUGACAAACGCCAUGUACCGUGCGCCUGUAUUUGCUCACAACACUAAGCCCACGGAUUUCUUGGUUAUCCGUAAUACCACUGGAACAAACGGCUCUCAAUGGUUCAUUCGGAACGUGGAGAACCUCUUCGUCGUAGGCCAGCAGUUUCCCUUGGUCCAAGUGCCGGGUACGCAUUCGAGAAAAGUCACGGAAGCCGGUAAAAGGCGACUAAAGAUGAUCUCCUACCGUAUCUACGCUCGGAAUAUGGCCCAGAAAGCUAAAGGUCCGACUCUAAGCAAUGACAUGAUCAAGGAGCACCUGCCUGGCAGCGACGUCGCGCAGAACCGUGGUAAGAUGAGGGAGUUUAUGGUUUACGAGAAGGAGACCCAAUCAUGGAGGCCGAGGCCUGGCGAGCCUAUUCCCGACGAGAAUACUAUGCGUGGGUGGAUCAAGCCGGAGGAUAUCUGCCUCAUCGACUCAAUGCAGGUUGGACGUCGCCAUCUAGAAGAUGCCGGUUACAACAAAGAAGGCGCUGAAGCAGAGGAAGAAGAUGACGAGAAGGAGGGCCAGAGCCUCGAACAGCAGCUUGCGCCUUGGAACACCACUAAGAACUUCCUUGAAGCCAGCUCACGUAGAGCCAUGCUUCAGCUUCAUGGCGAAGGUGACCCUUCUGGUCGUGGUGAGGCUAUCAGCAUGAUCAAGACUUCAAUGAAAGGAGGCUUCAAACCAGUCGGAGAGUCCGUAAAGGACAAGCUUGAUGCCAAGAGGUUAAAGGAGCUUGGAGGUCACAGUUACAACGUGGCAAUUCAGCAGAAGGCUUAUGACGAGGCUAUAAAGAAGAUCUGGGAAGCGCAAAAGGCCAGCUUGUCGUCGAAUGUCGAACACUCAGAUGUCGAAAUGGAUCCCGAUGACGCGGAGGAGCCCGAAGCCUCGUUUGGUCGCGCCAGAACCCCGCAAUCUCAGUACGGUACGCCUGCAGCAUUUAGCCGCCGCGAUGAUGAGUCUGCUAGUCAGUUCAGUCGCUUCAGCGUUUCCAGCCAGAAAGGCAAGGUUCUGCGAAUUGUUCGCAAGGCCCCUAACAAGUAUGGCAAGAUGGAAGCUCAGGAGGAGGUUGUCAACGACCCCAAGGUCAUCCGGGAAUACAUGAAACGCAAGCGCGCUCAAGAACUCAGCUCCAUGAACCUUGCAGAUCUCAAGCCUACUGGUGAUGAGGAGAUGGAUGCGCGGCAAAGAAAGAGACUCUUGGAAGAAUUGGCCCGUCUCGAACGCAACCGCGAGCGUCGCCAUGUCCGUGAGAAGGCAAAGGGUCUGCACAGCAGCGCUUCACAAAAUCCCGAUUCGCCUUCCGCAGCCACUGGUGGGAAAGGCGUCAAUACAACGCGUAGAUGUGCCAACUGCGGCCAGGUUGGCCACAUCAAAACCAACAAAAAACUUUGCCCGUUGCUCAACGGCUCUGCGAAGCAGGGCGACGGUAUUGAUGACGCAGCGUUUGGAUCCCCGGUCGUUCCACCCUCGGCUGUGCCUCAGAGUUCGGGCGCUCCUCCUGCUUCCUCCCCAUCCUAAAGACAUCAGGUAAUCGACAAACUCUUGGCCGUCGCAAGAGAAACGUUCUGUAGUCGGGUGGGUACGGUUUUUAGUUUCCCACAAUAGUGUUUCGACCAUUUGGGAGUGGGUUACGGCACACUCCCCCUUUCACUGCAUCGCGGUGGCGUUUUUUUUUCUUCUUGCUGCUAGACCUCCCAAGUCUUCAACCACGAGCUCAAAGGAGCCGUGUUUCCCCUUGCGAGAGCACAGCAGGGAACAGAAAAGGCUUCGUGCUGGGCCUCACCUACUUUGGUCGCAAGGAGUGGUUUACGUCUGGACACUCUAGUCUGCGGCAAUAACGGAGCUUUCUUUGCGCCAGAUCCAUCUCCGUGACGCGUGCCGUACUCUGUUUAUUUAUCAUGGCU